UUGACAACAUGAAACGCUCAGUUGAGCAAAAACCAAAACACUCAACAAGAAAAAUAUCUCAGAAUUGUUACCCAGCAAGUAGCGGCGAAUAGACAAAUCUCUUGUUUGGGUCGGUUUUUCAUAAUGUGAAUGAUUUUCUUCGGGAGCCAUGGCUACCAGAAUUUCAGACGAUUUUGAAAACGAGUGGACUUUUGUCGAUAAAGAGGGAAAAGUUGACAUCGAGCCACGGAAGAACUCUGUGUCCUAUUCCAAGUCACCUUUGCAUGCUGAGGGUUCAGUUUCUUCGUUUGACUCACCCAGUAUUAAAGAUGACAGUGAAGGAGAGGCAGAGUUUGAGGUCCUCAGUGGAUUUCAAUGUCAUCCACCACCCAUGGAAGAGAAGAACUUGGAACCUGAUCCUGCAACAAAAACCCAUUAUGAUUUACCACUCAGUGAAGAAUCUAAGACCAGAGAUGAGCUUUUGGCAGUCCAACAAAGCUCUUGCCAAUGUGCUGCAGAUGAUGGUAUUAUGAUCAUUUCAAAUCACUUUUGUGUUGACCAGGAUGCUUCUUCUGGGGAAGACAUAGAUGACCAGUUGCUCUCUGAACUGAUUGGUGAUGACACAGGAAGUAUGCAUUCCCUCACUAAAACAACAGACAGUAAUUCCAAUGGUUGGCAAGAGCUUCCUCUACUCUCAGAGAGUGGUUCUUUCUCGUUUGGUAAUGAUUUAAACAGUUCUGAUGAAGAUAACGCCAUUGAACCCAUCCCUGAACAAGAUGAAAAUGAAGACUAUGAAGACCUAAGUCAUGAAAACAAACCACUUGAUGAAAUGGUUGUGUCCACAAGCAGCAUUUUCUCAUUUGAUAGUGAUUUAUUUAAUCCUAGUGAUUUGGAUGAAGACCGUGUGGUUGAGGAUGACUGUACUGAUAUAACGAAAGUGUCUGAAGUCAUUGACAAGGACAGAGGAAUAGAUGAGGAGGAUGAACAAAUGCUGGAUCAGAUUGCAACAGAAGGCAGUAAUGAUAUCAGCGCUUUCCAUGUUGAUCUUCCAACCUUGUUUGUAGUUCUGGGUGUAACAACUGCCCUGGGAUUCAGUAUUGGCUAUGGGUUGAGUGUUUUUAUCAGCAAUCAAGCUUUGGAGAUGUCUGGGAGCAUCAAGAGACCUGGGCCCAAGACAGCCUCUCUUCCACUCAACAGCGAUCCCAUAGAGCCCUUGGAUGAAAUAUCAGUUGAUUUCCUAGAUCAGCUGGAAAUGUGGAAAUUAGAAGAACGCCUUGAAACUCAUGAAGAUUCGGAGCAUGAAACGGAAACAGAUGAUCUGUUUGACACGAAAGCGCUGCACGAAAAGCUCCAACUGAAACAUUUCAAGCUCAUGGGCGUGUACGAAAGCGUGAAACAGCGUUUGCGCAUGAGCAAAGUCAUGUCAUGGUACUGGCGGCUGAAGUAUGAAGAGGAGAAGUCUAGUAAGGGAAGCAGUGAGUGGAGUAAAACUUUACAAGAACAGCUCGAGAAAAUGGAGAAGCUUUACGAACAAGAAAAACAAAUUGCUGAUCUAUGGCGUCGUAUGAACGAGAACUCGAAGCUGAGAAGGGCUGUGGCUGGCGGCAUCAAGAUCGAUAAGUACUGGAAGGAUUAUUUUCACCGUUGGAAAAGGAAUGGAUACAGAAGCGUCAAUGUAAGUGCAAGUCAUAAGGUAUCAGUUGAAUCAGAGACGCCAGAAAAUAAAGAUUCUGUAGGCAUCAUUGGUUCUAAAGAACUGGAUGUAAAGUCGCAAGGAAGAAGCAAAGAGCAUGUCUGGGACAACAUCUGGACAGACUUUAGAAACCGCUGGACAAUUGAUUCGCAUUUGAAGGAAGAUACGGAUGUUAGUUGUCAGACAAAGCAAACAAAGUGCUCAUAUCCCAGUGAAAGGAAGGAUUUAAGUGUUCUCGCUGAGGACCGCUCUGUAACGUCCUACUCUGCUUCUUUUAUUGAGAGAUUCUUGGAUAGAACAGUCGAAAAAUCCGUCCGAGAUCCGACAACUUCUGCUAAAAAAUCUGAGCACGAGAAAACUGAGAAGUCGCAGUCGUUAGACGGAGUAAGAAAAGGACGCGAAGGUGUUCGCCCUUCAGAAGAAAUUUGCAAAGAUUUCCGCAAAGGAGGGGCUCCUUUUGAAAAUCCACUAUUUCCUAACGGAAUUUUCUCUUUAAGCCACGGAAUCCCGGAUUAUUUUUCAAAUAUGGACUUUUCCCCUUCAGUCACCUCGCAGCAAAAAGACCUCCAAGUCGUUUCAUACGUGGACGGUACAAGUGAUGGAAAUUGGGAUAACGACGACGAUUCCUUCGUUAAGGAAGCACUUAGCAUGCUAACUACAGAAGAUACAAAGACACCUGGAAAAUCGACGGUAAAUGUUGGUUUUCAAAUUGUUCAUUCGUACGAAGCUCCUGACACGGAAAAAAGCGGAGUAUCUUCCGAUAUGAAAAGAAAAGUUCACAGACGAAGUAGAUACUUUAAGAAGAAAGGAAAGGGAAAACGAACUUCUAUUCAGGCUGAUAAACACUUCCUUACCAAAGAGAAACAGAAGUUGACAAAUUUGACGCAGCUUCGUGGGCAAGAGAUUCGCAAACAGAGGAUCCUCCGGCGUGAGUUGAAAAAGAAAGAAAGGGAGGCAAAGUUGCGCGCUGCGGAGGCAGAUCGCAUGGUGUCAAAGUUGCGGCGUGAAAGGCGUCGUUUCGAGAAAGAGAAGAUAAGCUUGCAACGCUCUUGGAAGGCACUGAAACGGGAGAAGAAGAGGAUUUCUUCCGAGAAAGAACUCCAUCGAAAGAACAGGACGGAAAUGAACAAUUUUUUAGUAACAUUGAAAAAGGAAAAGCGAAGGUUGAAGAGAAAGAAAGUGGAACUGAAGGAGAAAGUAAAAGGACUGUUGGCUAGAGAGAGGAAAAAACUGAAGCUCAAAGAGAAAACUCUUAGUGCAGAGAAGAGGAAGGAAGUGGAGCGCUUUAGACAAAAAAUUUCUGAAGAGAAGAACAAGCUAAGACAACAGAAAGAAGAACUGAAAUCGUUGAAGAAAGCGGCAAAAGAGGAAUAUAAAAAAUGGUUGAAAGAGCUCCGUAUCAUAAAAAGACAAGAAAAGGAAAGACGAGUGGCUGAACAGGAGAAACUAAACGAAAAGGCAAAGAAAGAACGGGGAAAAGCUGAGAUACAAUACAAGAGAGAAUACGAAUCUGUUAUUGAAGAACAAGCCAGGUUCGAUAAAGAAAGGCGGAGGAAAAAGAAAGAAAAGACACACCAUACAAUGGCGAGUCAAAACCACGAUGACGAGGAGCCAAGAAAUGAAUCCGUAGACGACAAAACGAAAAGGCAAGAUUUAAGAAAGAUCUUAGAAAAUGAUCGAAGUGCGCAAGAGGAAGUUGGGAUUCAGGCUAAGAAAGAGGAAGAUGAAGAGAGCGGAGAGUUGCCCCAUGAAGGAGUAGGACAGAUAUUUGAAUAUAGGGAAACGAAAAAUGUACAAAGUAAGGAAAGGAUUAAAAAAGUCAAAGACAAAGACAUUAAACGAGUUGGAAAGCGGACCAACGGAAAACCAAAGAACAAAGUGAAAAAGGACAAAAAGAGAAGGAGGCGACAAAGAGAAUUUGACUCCGUAAUCGCUGAGCAAGCUGAAUAUGAUAAAGAGAAACGGAAGAGAAAUGGAGAAAAUGAAAAGAGUAAAUCAUCCAAAGGUGAAUGGAAGAUACGGGCUGAGAAAGUGAAAAAAGAAGCAUCACGUCCGAAAGAUACCAAGAAAGGUAGAAAACGGAUCGAUGGCGAGGGGUCUUUUAAAAUGCAGUUAGAAGGUAUUCAAAAGUGGCUGUCCCAUGUUUAUAGCAGUGCCUUUGAACAACAACACGAAGAACAGGCUCAAUGGUCGUGGAAUGAUGGCAAAGUGCCUUUUAGGAAGAGGUUAGAAGAUGUUCGAAAGUGGUUGAGCGAUGUUCCCAAGCAGGCUCUUGAGCAGCAGGGAAAAGCAAUCAAUUGGCCGUGGAGUUUGAUAAAGCCUUAUUUUCAUGCUGACAGCUAUGAAGAAAAAACUUCUGGAGAAGAAGUCGAUAGAAAAGAAAAAGGACUUAAACUGCGUGAUCUAAACUCGGUCAAGGAAAAAAAGGUUAAGAGAACAAAAGGCAGAGAGAAAUCGACCGGAAGAUGCGAUUGGGAAAAUGGAAGAAUCCAGGCGAAAGAAAUAUUGUCGAACACGAAGAAGGGAAAUAAAAAAGAACUCAAGUUGUCAAAAGAAGGCAGGAAGUCAGAAAUUGCAGUGCUAUCUGAGAACAGAGCGCUUGCUGAUUUUACAAACUUUUCGUUCGACAUGGAUCUUAUUGGAAUGUUGCUUAAGGGGGAUGAUAAGCUAAAACGCGCGGAGAAAACUUCGGACGAUCCCGACAACACCAUGGGGACGGCCUUCGUUAUAGUUUCUGAAGAAUCGACUCACAAUGCAGGAAAAAAUCCGAAGAGUUCAUUUAAGAAACCGAAGCGACCCGAUGAAAAGCCGAUACGGCCACGUGAUAACCGGUGGUGGAAGGUUAAGAAUGGGAUUACUGUAAAGCGUAGUGUAAAGUCACCGCAAGGUCCGAUUGCUGCCGAAGAUGGCCGAUUGACGCCCGAUCUUUCGUACGAAGAGGCAAAUCAUAGGAAAGUUUUCCGAGAUACUUCUCCAUCCGAAGGUCCAAUUCCACCAAAAGAUAUUGGGUUGUCACUUGAAGAGUGGUUGGAAAAGAGAUUCAAUCUGCCAAAAAAUUCUCAGAAGUCAUUCCCUCAAGGACCGAUGUUCUCCGACGAAGUGUAUCGCACUAGGUCUAGCAAAGGAAAGAAAAGAAGGAAGAGGCGAAAUACUUACAUGCAAGACAAAGUGUGCAAUUCCGUCGAUCCCGACACAGUUGAGACCAUUCCACCUCCCACUUGGUUAUUCGAGCGCGCCAAAGGUCGCACUCAUCAGCGGUCUGAACCAUGGUAUGUGCGCCGAGCAGAAGAUCGAGAUUUCAAACGAAGCACUGAUAAAUACGAGUCUUGGUUUCCCUGUGAUACGAAGCGCAAGCCCUACAAAGGUCCACUAGAUCCAUCCUGGUUUUUCGAUCGCGCGCACGGUCGUGCUGUUCAGAGGGUGAACAAUGUACCUUGGUAUACUCGGCGGGCAGAGGGACGUGAAGCCGAACGUCAGAAGGGAGAAGAUACGUGGUUUAUAGAGCGCGGAUACUACAGAAAUGACUUUCGUGAUUUAAGUUCCUGGUACGGCGAUCAAAAUUGGAUGCCACAAGGACCUUCCAUGGAGGAACAUCGCUAACAUAAUACCCGGCAGGUCAUUCAUCUUUUACAAAUUUUUCUAAUAUGUUGACAGUAUAAAACUUUCUCAGUAAGGUUAUCACAAAUGUUUUAAACGAUGUUUGGCACACUUUUCUUCAACUGAGCACCCCCUCCCCUCCCCCUCCCCAUGGGGCCCGAGUAACUGUUGGUGUUCUGUGAAAUCGGUUUUCUUUUGGAAGAUUAAAAAUCCUUUCUUUGAUUAAUUCUAAACUAAAGGGCAUUGCUCAGCUCUCUUAAAAGAGCUAAACCUCAGUUGACUCCUAAUAACUCGAAUCUCGCGCUAACCCGAACCAAAAUUGAUUUUCCCUGAAUGUUGCACACAUUCAUCGCAAUUUUACAGUUAAGAACUCGAAACUUGUAGAGCCCAAAAUUCUGUUAGCUCAAAAUUUUACCCUUCAGGUUCUUCUCAGUUUUACUCGCAACAACUCAAAAUUUUCCAAGGACGAUACAGCAUUGUUGUGUGAGAUGGGGAGAAAAAUAAUUCUUUUUAAUGAACGAAGUUUUCCAUCAUUUUGUUUUUGCUUGAAUUAUACUUUCUGACCUGUUUUCAGCUGGCGGUUCGAGUGUUUGGGAGUCACCUUGAUUUAAUCGUGCUUUAUCUAUUUUAACAGCAUUGGAACAAAUCUCGUCAACCGUAGAGAAAUUGCCAUUGUCAUGCAAAGCUAUGUUCAGUGAGCUUGUAUGCGAAUGGUUAAGUCAAUGAAUUUUUGUGUUGGUAAGAGUGAAUCCUACACCAUCAGUGCAAAGAACGUAGGGUGGGGCGCGGAAGGGUGAGGCAUUGUUCUAAUGGUGUAGAAAAAAUGAGUAAUUAUGGCUCCCUACAUAUAUUAUGGUCAGCAAGGUUACAAAACCUGCAUUUUGGUUUGACAUUGGUUAUUUCCCAGGAAGAUAUUUAUUCCAAAGACCUUCAUAGUACAACUUAGAAUGUCCAGAUUUUGAUCGAUGUUAAGUCACGAUCUUAGAGAACAAUCAUUUGAAUGUUAUUUCAGCCAGUAAUGGAACACCUUUGAUAAAAUUUCGCUCUCGCCGUUUGUCUUUGGUAGUCACGACAACGUCGCUUUGGUAGCGUGACAGCUCCAGGCUGGACGUAAUGAUCAUUACAGUGAACAACUUUACAGGGCCAAAAUGAGGAAAUACUACUUUUACACCAGAAAAUGAAAGGGAAAGUGGACACAGCGUUGCAAUUCUUUUUUCAAAAUUUAACGGUUUGGGUUUGUAACAUAGGGAAAAUAUAUCAGUUUGUAUACAUAGCAAAAAUACCUUAAAAUUCUGUGCUGUUAUUUUUGAUCUUUAACAAAUUUACCACCAACGGUGUGAACGAACCGACAACGACUCACUGGAAAACUUAGAGUUUGGUUAAAUAGCACUAAAUUUUCAGGUCACCUUUCGGCAUUUUUUGGUUUUGUCGGUUUUCUCCACCAAUCCUUCUCCUCAUCGUUAAACUUUCUCUGAUAACCUCGUAACGGACUCUUUAACCAUUUUAAUAUGCCGUCAAUUACGAAAUUAGUGGCAAUUUUAUACCGUUGUUUAUUAAGACAUAAAUUUGGGUCCGGUGUUACGGGUUUCGUUUUGUAUUUAUUUUAAUUUUCACUGGGGGAUACUUGACCAAUGGUGUUUUGUAAAUGCCUCCCAUGGGCUAGUAAAUAUUUGUUAUUAUUAUCAAGCAAAAGAGUGCAAAAGUAUUCAAGAAUUCCGGUACAUGUAUAUAAUAAAGAUUUGAUUUGAA